AGUACCUUUGAACAGCUGAGUAAUAUAAUGCCUCCUGAUACAAGAGAAGACAUUGUAUCGUCAUCGCCUCCUUCAACGGUUGUAGGAGUACGAUUCAACCCUCGUAUUGUGUUCGGUCUGCCGAUCGCUAAACCUGAGUUGGCUCCGAUAAUUCGAACCAUAUUCCUCUUGGCUCUGGCCCCGAUAGUCUUGGUAGCGAUAUUCGCGGCUGUGACUUUGACUUUGGGGACACCUGUAUUCUUCUGGUACUAUGUCGUAUUCGUUACUACCAUUCUUGCUCCUGCCGCAUUGUAUUAUGGUGUGCAAUAUAAUAAGAGUGGUGCCUUGGAGCUCUAUGCUGCCUGCAACGUGGCUCUGGCUAUACUACAAGCUAUAGGCAUAUGGCAGAUAGUCAGCUUCAUCAAUCGCAAUGAGCUCUUCCUCGACCAGUGUACUAUCAAGGGCAGCACUGUUGUGCCGACAGUUCCUAAUCCUGUGUUCGACUGUCAGAGCUAUCAUUCGUAUGAUUACUGGAAGGCAAGCGACAAUGUGGCGAAUGAAGAUAGAACUUUAGUCAUUUACAGCGUUUUGAUGGGCCUGGCCAUCAUAAUACACUUGGUACUAACGGCACUCUCUAUCUUUUUAUAUAGGAAGUUGGCCGGUACCACCACGUUAGUGAUCGCCCCGACCUUCGCCGAGGGUCAGAUGCGCCCAACUGAUGGGACCGUCGCGGAGGGCACGGAAGCAACCGAUUCCUUGAAGGUCACCAGAGGUGUUCCAGUAAAACGAUUGGAGUCUUCUGAUGAAGUCGAUCUAGAAGCAGGGGAAGGAAGUCUUCCUCCGAUACCUUCGAAUGGAGCCGAUCAGCGGUAUGCCACAGAUAGUAACAGUCUCGCAGUCACUGCGUGAGGA